AUGGCUCGAUUCGAAAAAGAUUUUCGUCAAUUAUGUCGUCAAAUUGAUUCAUUAUCCGCUGGUCAAGCUCGUGCUAGUUGUGAUAAUAUAUUUAAUCGUUCAAAUUCUCUAUCUCGUGCUUCCUUUUUAUCUGAUUCUUCUUCGUCAGAUUCCGAUGAAUCAAAUUCUAGUCAAGCAUUUUAUAUUGAAAUAACACCACGUGAUGGUCCAUAUGCACAUGGUUCAUUUGUUUUUCGUAUUGAAGCUUCUAGCGAAAGUGAUUAUCCUGAUUGUCAACCAAUUGUUUCCUGUUUAACACGUAUAUAUCAUCCAAAUAUCGAUACAACAUAUCAAAAUUGUUAUAAUAAUGUAUGUGUUUCAACAUUGAAUGAUUGGGAUGGUGGAGCUAAUUCAACAUUUGAAGAUCUUUUACAAGGUCUUAUGUUUCUUUUUCAUUCACCUAAUGUUGAUGAUCCAUUAACAUCAAAUGUUUCAACAGAUGAAAAAGAAUUUUUAACUAACAUUCGUAUAGCUAUCGAAGGUGGUACAAUUGAAGAUUAUGAUAAUGAUCCAUUUGAAAUGAAUUAUGGUUAUAAACAAUAUUUAGUAGAAAAAGAAAAACAACAAAUAAAAGAAGGAGAACAAAUCGAUGACAAUUUAGUUAAUAUUCUAACACGAGAACCAAAUUUUAAACAAUUAUUUAACGCUGAUACAUUGGAAUUUCUUAUGAAUAAUACAUCAGAAUCAUCACUUUCUCAUUCUACAAGACAUAAUAAAGAAGCAUCAAUUAAUUCAUAG